AAUUCUGAUCUUUUCUCCCUCAGGGGCGGAGCUUUGCUGACAUCAACAAGUGGGCCGGGCUUCCAUUUAAUGCUGCCAUUUAUUACUUCCUUUAAGUCUGUACAGAGCACUUUACAAACCGAUGAAGUGAAGAACGUUCCUUGCGGUACGAGUGGAGGAGUGAUGAUCUAUUUUGACCGGAUAGAAGUGGUGAAUUUCCUCAUUCCCAAUGCAGUGUACGAUAUUGUGAAGAACUACACGGCGGACUAUGACAAGGCCUUAAUAUUUAAUAAGAUCCACCAUGAGCUCAACCAGUUCUGCAGCGUCCACACCUUACAGGAAGUCUACAUAGAGCUGUUCGGUGCCCCCGUAUUUCCACAUCUGCCAACAGAUCAGAUUGAUGAGAACCUCAAACUGGCUCUGCAACAGGAUCUCAACUCCAUGGCUCCGGGACUCAUCAUCCAGGCUGUCCGAGUCACAAAGCCGAACAUUCCAGAAACCAUCCGCAGAAACUACGAGCUCAUGGAAAGUGAGAAAACCAAACUGCUCAUCGCUGCCCAGAAGCAGAAGGUGGUGGAGAAGGAGGCGGAGACUGAGAGGAAAAAGGCUGUGAUUGAGGCAGAGAAAGUGGCUCAAGUCGCAGAGAUCAAAUUUGGACAGAAGGUGAUGGAAAAAGAAACCGAGAAGACGAUCUCUGAAAUUGAAGGUGAGUGACUCCUCCUCCUUUUC